UGUGUGUGUGUGUGUGUGUGUGUGUGUGUGUGUGUGUGUGUGUGUGUGUGCUUGUGUGUGUGUGUGUGUGUGUGCUUGUGUGUGUGUGAGAGAGAGAGGGGCGUGUCGGUGUCGUGUUUCUCUUUUGUCACCUGCAGCAUUAAAUCUUUGUCUGAUUCCGCUCCAGCAGCAGAAGCUCUCUCUCACGCACACUGGGGAGUGAUGGAGCCCAGCAGCGGGCGCUUCUCUCUGCUCUCCCCGCACGCGGCGCUCUUCCUGCGCCCGGAGGACAGGAGUUUCCCGCGCAGCCCGAAGUGCGCGCGCUGCAGGAAUCACGGCGUGGUUUCGGCUCUGAAGGGCCACAAGCGCUUCUGCCGCUGGCGCGACUGCGCGUGCGUCAAGUGCGCGUUGAUCGCGGAGAGGCAGCGCGUCAUGGCGGCGCAGGUGGCGCUGCGGAGGCAGCAGGCGCAGGAGGAGCUGCAGAUGAUCUACCCCGCGGCAGGAGCUCCCGAGGGCGGCCUGAGCGUCUCCAGAGCGCCGCUGAGCUCCGCCGCUCCGCCCGCGUUCGACGCCUUCUGUUCGGACGCGUUCAGAGACGAGAAGAACCUAAACAAGCGCGGUGUGUUCAGUGGACUGAUGAGUCCGGCUGUGUUUGGCCCGGAGAGGAGUGACCCGCUAAAGGACCGCGCGUCUCCUGGACCGGAUCUCCUCCGGAGUCCCCUGACCUCCUCGGAUCUGGAGCCCGGCGGCGCGUCAGAGAAACCCGGAGAGGAGCGGUCCAGAGCGAGCGGACGAGCCCCGGCUGCGGUUCUGAGCAGGAUCUUCCCCGGCGUCCAGCGAGGCACUCUGGACUCGGCGCUGGAGGCCGGUUCUGGAGACGUGGUGAGGGCCAUCGAGCUGCUGCUGGGUUCUCCGGAGGGUUCUCCGCACCUGGGCUCCAGAUCCGCCUUCUCUCCGCUCCGCGCCUCCUCCUUGAACUCCUUCAGCCCUCGGCUGGCCAUCGCUCCGCUGAGACUCGCCUACUCAACACCCGGCUUCUUUCCUCCGUAUCUGACCUCUGGAUUCGUCCCGGCGCUGUCCCUGCGGCCCCCAGCGGACUACCCGCUCCCCGGGGCCCUGCGGGACCUUCCUUACCCCAAAGACUCUUUCAGUCCCGCGCUGUUUUACUCCAGCCUCAGCCAACACAAAUAACCCUCGCACCCGUCAUCUCCACUGUUUUACAAAUAAAUCCUGAUCUAAUCAUGACAAACUAUGUAUUGUUGGAAAGGUCUAAGACUCCUAAAUAGAUAUUUUACCACAGUUUUUUUUGUUUGUUACAAAUUAUGUAGGAACAGAAACAGAUUAAUUUAUGACAAUAGUGCACCUCAGAAAUCUACAUCAUAACAGGAGUUCUGACCUUUGUCGCAAAAAGUCUUUUUUCAUUGCCAUGUUUUGGCAAUCAUCAUAGAUUAUAUAUCAAUUGAAUACUUAAAACAUCAAAAUUCAUCCAAUUUUAAAAUCAGACAUUGCCUUACUAGAGAAAUGGUACUCAAAAUCAUAUUACAAAAUGUUUUCAUUCAUGAAUUAUAACAGUUUAGGUUCGGAUGGUGCACUUUCACAUCUGUUCAGAAAUAGGGUGACAGUUAAAGGGUUAAACUACAAAGUUAUCGUGAUUUCAGAUCGAGUCACUAGCAGCUCAUGGAAGUAAUUCCAGAUUUAUACACAUAUAGUUUUAUACAUAAUUUUUUUGAAAAAUGUUGUAUAUUUUUAUGCAUAUUUGAAAAAGUCAGUUUGUGAAUAAACCUUACAGAACA